AUGAUAAACCAUACAACAAUAACAACAUUUAUACUGCUGGGACUGACAGAUGAUCCACAAUUGCAAAUCUUAAUUUUCAUCUUUCUAUUUUUUACUUACAUACUUAGUGUAACAGGAAAUGUAAUUAUUAUCACACUCACAUUGAUAGACUUGCACCUUAAAACACCUAUGUAUUUUUUCCUUAGAAACUUUUCCUUUCUGGAAGUCUCAUUUACAACUGUUUGUAUUCCUAGGUUUAUGUAUAGUUUAUCCACUGGGGAUAACACUGUGAGUUACAAUGCCUGUGCAAUUCAAAUAUUUUUUGUUAUUCUCUUUGGAGCAACAGAAUUUUUUCUUUUGGCAGCCAUGUCUUAUGAUCGCUAUGUUGCUAUCUGUAAGCCCCUGCAUUACAUGACCAUCAUGAGUAGUAGGGUAUGCACCAUAUUAGUCCUUUCCUGUUGGGUCUCUGGUUUGAUGAUCAUUCUCCCACCUCUUAGCAUAGGUCUCCAGCUUGAAUUCUGUGACUCUAAUGCUAUUGAUCAUUUCAGUUGUGAUGCGGGCCCCCUCCUAAAGAUCUCGUGCUCAGAUACAUGGGUCAUAGAGCAAAUGGUGAUCAUUGUGGCCAUUUUUGCUCUCAUUAUCACUCUAGUCUGUGUAAUUCUUUCCUACACAUACAUCAUCCGUACAAUUUUCAAAUUCCCCUCUGUCCAACAAAGAAAAAAGGCUUUUUCUACCUGCUCAUCUCACAUGAUUGUGGUGUCCAUUACCUAUGGAAGCUGUAUUUUCAUGUAUCUCAAGCCCUCUGCAAAAGACGAAGUGGCUAUAAACAAGGGUGUUUCAUUACUGACUACUUCAGUUGCCCCUUUGUUGAAUCCCUUCAUUUACACCUUAAGAAAUAAGCAAGUGAAACAGGCUUUCAACGACUCCAUAAAGAAGAUUAAGUUUCUCUCAAAGGAAGCAAAGUUCUGA